AUGAAGAAUGGUCUACAGAAGGUGCUACGCGCUCGGACGCGUAGGGAAGGAGCUUGGCGUAACGUUUUAGGGGACUUCUCCAGAGGAGGAAACUUCUUCUUCUCCUCUUGGGAAAAGGGGUAUGCAAAAGAGGGUGUCCGUUUCGUAGCUGACCCAUACAAUGGUUGCUUUUGCGUGCAAAAAAAACACAUCACAAGAUACUGGGCUGAAAGCACGAAGAAGAAAAUACACGACUCAAAAAUUAAUGAAUGGAGAGAGCAAUUCCCCAUCCUAGAUGAAUACGAUGAUAAAGACUUGUCCAUUUGGAGAGAAGCUUUUAAUAAAAUGGACAGAGACAACGACAAUUUUAUUUCCCAUGCAGAUUUGCAAAAAAGUGAUUGGAGUUUAGAAAAAUAUAAUUUAUUUCAAAACUACGACAUGGACCAGAAUAACCUCAUUGACUUUGGGGAGUUCAUUCAAGCCGUGAUUGAUAUUGACACGCAGUACUUUAAGAAUUUCUUCCAGGGGUUCAGCAAAAUUGACGUGGAGUUGGAGUUCCAAAAAUAUGCGAUCACCGAAAAGGAAGAGAACAAGCAAGUCAUCCCCCUGACCAAGCUCAUGCAGAUGCUCAGGGACAAGGAGUUUACAUGCGUCACACACACGGACUCACAGAAGCUAUUCAACGCGAUGGAUUUUAACAAAGACGGAGCGCUCGACUUGGAAGAUUUUCUGGCGUGGCUCGGGAAGAAGUAG